CAAGUCUUCUGGACCCAUCGAUGGCCGUCGCCUCGACGCCGCUCGUCGCGGCACCAUCGUGCCCGGCCUGGGCGAAGCAUCGUCGCGGGCGCCAGCCGCAGUUCGACGGCAAGCCGUGCGAGCCUGCUAAGGAGGAGGACAUGUGGCUGUGCCUGGCCGACGGCCGCGCGCGCAGCACCGCCGACCUGAAGCGCCUGGCGACAGCCGCUCGGGUGCGAGCGAAACGAGCAAGAGAUGCAGCCGCCGCGAACACGCGCGAUCGGCAGGCGCGCGACCAGCGCCGCCGGCAGCGUGAGCAGCACGACCGGCGCGCAGCGCCGGCGGUCGCCAAGACCGUGCGCCCACAACGCGGCCAGUGCGGCUGCCCGGCGCACGCGGUGUGCGGCAUGUGCGUCGACCAGGGCAAGCUCGCCGCGGCCGAGCAGGCGGCCAUCGACCUGGAGACGCGCUUCCACGCCUCGACGGGGAGGGCGUCUGGGAUGACGCGCGCGCGGCGUACUUUGCGGGCGAGCUUGCCAAGCGAAGCGCAAAGGACGGACGCAAACGGCGCCGUGGCGCCGGCGCCGCGAGCGCAAGAAAGAAGCAGGCCGCACCCACAGCCCGGUCGCCCGCCGACGCGAGUGACGGAGAGGGUGACGAGCAGAUGCGCGACGCAUCAGACGCGCAGGAUGACGGUGCAAGCAUGUCCGAGGGUGAGUAAAAGUGUGAGGUUUGGUGGAGGCUGUAGCGUCGUCGCGCGUAAGAAGCGUGGUGAAAUUUAGAAAAGGAGUUGCGGUGUUGAUCGCCGCGGGAGCCCUCUUA